AUGCGCAUGGCAUGGGACGACCAGUGGGGAACCCUCAACGAAGGCGUCUGGACAGGGAUGGUCGGAACUCUCGAACAGGAACGCGCAGAUUUCUCCCUUAUGCUCUUCUGGUCGCACGCGAGGAAGCAGAGCAUUGACUUCACCCGAAUUUACGCUUACGAGCCCUUCGUGAUGAUCACCCACAAGCCACGCCCACUGCCCCAGCACACGGCACUCGUCAGGCCCUUUCGAGUGGAGUUGUGGGGGGCCAUCUUAGCAGCUACGUUCGUGCUGGCAGUCAGUCUGUGGGCCAUACAGAGGGCGUGGUCUAGUUUUUCCGGUGGGCGGAGCUUGAACAUUAACACGGCCUUCCUACACGCCUGGGCCAUUCUGCUGGAGGACCCCCCGCCACGCCUCCCGUCCAAUGUCACGGGUCAGAUGCUCGUCGGCUGGUGGUGGGUCUUCUGUUUCCUAAUGACCGCCAUAUACCGCUCUUAUCUUAUCGCCCACCUGUCCGUUCCCAUCACCCCGGCCCCCAUUGACAACCUCGGCCAGCUGCUUGCCCUUCCCGGAGCCACCUGGGGGAUCGAACCGGGUUUCGGCCUCGGCUGGGAUUGGUUCAAGUUGAACACCAACGCCAAGGUUCAGGACAUGUUUAAGGAGCUCGAGGUGUUGAACAUCGAGGCCCAGCUGGACCGCGUUCUGGACGGCCGCCACGCCUUUUUCACGUGGAAAUACUACAUCAAAACGAUCAUUGCCUCCCGCUACACGAACCGCUACGGGUACACGCCCAUACACCUCGGUCGCCAGGAGUUUAUCCCGGGCUCGUGUGGCUGGGGCGUGAGGAAAGGCGCACCCUUCCUUAGCGCCAUCGACCGCAUCAAGGACCGACUGGCGGAGGCGGGGCUGAUCGACUACUGGCUCUACGUACUCUUCGAGUCUAAGAUGAAGAAGGAAAGGGCACAAAGGUGGAGUCAGAAACCGAGUGAGUCAGCCGACGAGGACGACCCGGCCUACGUGACCAACGAGGUAAACGCAGGCGGCAUUGUGCUAAACCUGAACCACCUUCAGGGAGCCUUCUACCUCCUAUUCCUUGGCUACGGCGCUGGUCUGAUCGCCCUCCUGGCAGAAACGUUCAUGAACAGGUCGUUCUCCGAGUCCGCAAAGCACUGGCGGAAAUAG